CUGUUAAUGUUGUGACGUCAGCACGUUCCAUCAAUUUCCGCUGUUUUUAUUAUCACAGAUUGAGUGAGGAAAGAAAAAGCAAUUUUGUCACGUAUUCUCCGCAGUUAUUGGUGUUUUCUAUCGCAACCUUGAAACCAAAAUUAAAGGUAUACUGCGUGAUCAGCUGUUGAGAGGAACUCAUUCAUUCGUGUGGUAAACAAGCUACAUCUACCCAUUGAGUACACACGUCUGCUCUUCACUGCCUGUAGCUAGCUGCCACUACACAUAAAUUCAGACUUAGAUCAUUACAGCAUCAACUCAAAGGACUGUGCUGAACUGGUCAACUCAAUUCACACAUAACAGAUUGCUUGCUGAAGCAUCACAGACGAGCAACAUGGGCAGAAUAUUCUUAGAGCACAUCGGCGGCACCCGGUUGUUCUCCUGCGCCAACUGCGACACGGUCCUGACCAAUCGGAUCGAGCUCAUGUCCACGCGCUUCACCGGCUCCACGGGGCGCGCUUUCCUCUUCAAGAAGGUCGUCAACUUGUCCUUCAGCGAGGUACAGGACCGCGUCAUGCUGACGGGCCGGCACAUUGUCCGCGACGUCUUCUGCAAGAACUGCGAUUCCAAGCUGGGCUGGAUCUACGAGUUUGCCACUGAGGAGAGCCAGCGCUAUAAGGAAGGCAAGGUUAUCCUGGAACGGGCGCUGAUCACCGAGAGCGAGGGCAUCGAGGAGCAUCUCGGCGAGGUAUGAGGAGACCUGUCGGUCCACUGGGUGCAAUCUGAGGUUUUUGGAAAGCCGAGACAGGGUUGGAUGUGCAUGUUUACCCACCAUGCUUGCCCUUGAGCACUGUCGUGGAAAGACAGGCUCCAUGUCAUGAUCAGAGGGUAUCCGGGAACAAAAUGGCUGUUGUCUGUACUAUCGUGGAGGUACUGGAACACUCGCAGAUAUUUUGUGAUCAGCCAAGAUGAUCACUGACUGAGAAGAAUUGACUUGACCGAGGUCGAGUUGGGACAUUUGAGGGGCUGGACAAAAUUGUGGGUGCACAGAAUUAUGUACAUUUAAAACAUUGUUGUGUGAUGUUUCAGGGUCAUGCAUUGUCACUCAAAAAUAUAUGUUCUGCCUGGGAGCAUUUGAAUUACCCCUUGGAAAUAUUUGCCGUUGAGAUUUUGGAAGAUAUUUUAUAUUUUAGGUGUAAAAUUUAAUAUUUUAGGUGUGAUUAACUGUCUACUGAUUGAAAUGACCUCUCUACAAACUGUUAGUCGAACUAAAUAAUGAAAGGUUCGCGGAAACACCAUGUGCGAAUAAUUUCUCAACUUAGUCGAACGUUUUGCCUUUUAAAAUAAUAUGCUGUUGAUUGGGUUUUAAACCAUUAAUUUUUUAAUGACUUUUUAAUCUUUUUUGUGUUUGUAUACAGUUACAC